AAAAAGGUUUUAACACUCUUACUAAAGAAAAAAAGCAAAAAAAAAAUGUAGAAGAACCUAAUCAGGAAGAUGAUACAGUGGAGGAAGUAAAAAGAGAAAACCCUGAUACUUUUUUAGUAACACUUAAUACUGUUAAUGAUUGGUAA